AGGUGGUGAAAGCAGGUGCAGGAAACAUCUCGCACACGAUGGACGCUCUCCAUGCUGAGAUGAUAGCAGCUUGGGAGGGCAUUCGAUUGGCUGCAGAAGCUGGGAUGGGGCAUGUGAUCCUGGAAACAGACGAGGCGCACGGCCGAGGAGCAGCGCCGAUGGAGACGCCAUGACACUGGUUUUAGAGGAAUCUGCGAAGUCUAAAGCUGCUAAUUAAGGAAGUGAUAAAGUCCCUAACAGCACAGCUCAAGGAUAUGGCUGAGAGACUACCACCAGAUCAGAGAGCCUAUGAAUUUUAAGAAUGAUGCAUACCAUUGCUUCUCAUACUGCUGAGAAUCGAAUGACUCCAUCAGCAGUUGCUGCUUGUAUGGACCCACUCUUGUUAUGUCCCCUUCUGGCCGGUGAAUGUGAGAUGGAAGAUGACUUUGACAUGAAUGGUGACAGUGCUGCUCAGCUUAUUGCGGCAGCUAAUGCUGCUAACAGUGCUCAAGGCAUUGUCACUACUCUAUUAGAGGAAUACAAUAACAUAUUCAACGAUGAGCACCUCAGGUGCUCCUUGUCACCAGAUUCUCAAACCGGAGAUAGUGGAAGCGAAGAAUCAACAGAUGAUGAAACCGUGGAUAUCAAGGACAAUGGAUUUCAUGAUGCAGAAAAUGAUGUAGAUCAGGACUUAGAUAAUGCCGAACGAUUAUUGAGUGAAAAAUUGAGUGAAACCAGCGCGUGCACCCGUGCUGAGCUCUAUGACUACAAGGAGGUUAAUGGCAAUGAUUCAGACGCUGAACCCUCUGUUGAGGAUAACACUUUGGAGUCAAAUAUAGGUCCAAAUGAUGCUUCGCUAAGCCAUUUAACUGAAACCGGCUUAAUGAGAGUCCAACAAUCAUUGAAUGGAAAAGAUCCACCAAAUCCGGUUUCCAGUCAUGAAACUCCAUUGUCAAUGGGAGAAAUUCUUUUGUCGUUGGAUGCUGGAAUUCCAUUACCUGGUCCUGGAACUGAAUAUCCUAAGGACAGACACUCCAACAAACCCAAUGGAACUCAGCAGCAUGUGAAGCAUUCUAACUUAUGGGGACACAAUAAUACAAGAAAAGGCCAACAGUUAGAAUUAAUUGAUCCAUCUGUCGAAGAAGAGCUUGCUAUCCAAAGACUUGACGUAACAAAGAAUGAUCUACAGAUCAGGAUUGCAAAGGAGGCUAGAGGUAAUGCAAUCCUACAGGCAAGUCUGGAAAGAAGAAAACAAGCAUUACAUGAGAGUCGGGUAGCUUUGAAACAGGAUGUGUCAAGGUUGCAAGAGCAGCUACAGGCUGAAAGGGAUCUUAGAGCUGCACUCGAGGUUGGAUUAAGCAUGUCUUCUUCCCAAUUGUCUAGUUCACGCUCAUGGAUUCAAAGACAAAGGCAGAUCUUGAGGAGAUUGCUCUCGCAGAAGCUGACGUUGCAAGAUUAAAACAGAAGGUUGCAGAGCUUCAUCUCCAACUCAAUCUACACUGGCAUGAUUGGUAUUCAUCAGCCACGAAAUGAGUCUGUCAGUGCUGUCAGCACACCUAGCCUGAACAUGGGACGAGCAUUGCACACAAAUGGAAUCUCAAGUCAUCAUAAACCACCUGGCAGUAUUAGUGAAAAUAGUGAACUGAGCGCUCACAGCCUUAGGGUUUCAGGUCCUCCUGAUGUUGAAAAUUUGAAUCGAAGAGGACAUAGCAGUAGUGAUGAGAUGCUGAGCGCAAGCAGUAGAGCAGAUGAUAGUAGCAGAAAGGAUGCUAGGUC